AUGAAGCUCUCCACUUCGCUCCUCUUCCUCUCCGUCCUUGUGGGCUCCGCUCUCACUGCCGCAGCCCCCGCUCCCGCCGAGUACGGCGUUGGCGCUGCCGGCUUCGCAAACGUGGUCAAGGCUCGUCGUCCCUUGAACAUUCUCCUAACCAAUGACGACUCUUGGGCCAGCGCCAACAUUCGCGCGACCUACUACGCUCUCAAGUCUGUGCGUGCCCUUUUGGCCUCUUUGCGAUGCCGUCAUGAUUUGUUGACGCAGCUUCUCCUCUUCUCAUCCAGGCUGGUCACAAGGUGCUGCUCGUCGGCCCCGCUAUGAACCAAAGUGAGUGUGUCAUCGUCACCGCGUCCCUUUUAUCAGAGCGGGCCAGACUGACGGAUGCUCUGCCUCUUGCUCUAUCGCCACGCAAAGGCGGCAAGGGAGGCACAGUCGUUUUCCCCACCUCCAAGACCCUCACAGCUCCUGGCCGCAACAACAGCAUUCCUGUGGGCGCUCCAUUCAGCGGCAAGAACGCAACCGACUCCAACAUUCGCUACUUUGACGGAACCCCCGCUGCCACUGCUCUUUGGGCCCUCGACUUUGACGUGCCCGACGUCUUUGGCAGCCAAGACAAACUCGACCUGGUCGCCUCGGGCCCCAAUGAGGGCAACAACCUCGGUGAGUGUAGCACCUCUCACCGAUUCACAUGCUGUCUACGCGCAUGGCUGACAGCAGGCAUUCCGGUGCUUGCCGUCGCGACAGGCCCAUUCGUCAGCGACCUCAGCGGCACUGUCGGCGCUAGCCGUGUCUCUGUCGGAAGAGGUAUCUCUUCCAUUGCCUUCUCCGCCUCUUCCGCCCCCCGAGACUACACUCUGCUGGACUUGAACAACCCAAAGGACGAAAGCAUCCUGAUUGGAACUCAGACGGCUAACCUCAUCUCCCGCUAUGGAGACGCUCGUGGCAACAACCGCCUCGUGAGUAGCUACAUUCUCAAAAGUGCAGGCCAAGAAAGUCGAAUUGACAACUUUUGUACUGCAAUUACGCAGUUCCCCUUGGGUCUUGGCGGCAAUGUCAACUACUCUCCUCUCAACGCUACCUGCCCCGUCCCUACCUGGGCCGCAACCCGCAUCUCCGGCGGCAACGCUCUGACCGACAAGGUGAUCCUCAAUGGCGCAGGUCUGCCUACUUACCAGAAUCUUGUCGCUCCAGGUGUCAACGCCAUCAUCAAUGGCCUGCCUACGCUGCAAGGAGAGACUGCAGCAGUCGCUGCAGGCUGCACCGCCGCUUUCUCCAUCUACAGCCAGGAUUACGAUGCGCCUAUCACUGCUACCGCUCCCCUCGCUCCUGCUGUUGGCCUGACCAUCGCUCAGCUCAACAGGAAGUAG